AUGAUGCUCCAGUCAAGCUUCCGCCGCGCUUUGCCUUUGGUGCUUGCCUGCACUUACCUUCAACAUGCUCACGCCAUAGGCAUCGUCGGCGGCUCCAAGCAGAUGCAGCUGGCUGACAUGGCUGAGAGGGGAUUGUUUCCUGAUGGCACGCCUAUGGACAUCCCACUGGGAAUUAAGGUCUCAAAACUCUACACUCCUGCUUUGAACGUUGCGGCCAAAAACACCACCGAAGUCAUCAACCCGGAGUUCGUAACACUGCCUCUCGACCACUUUGGCGACGAUUCAGGCACUUUUGAGAACCGCUUCUGGGUCGCCGAGUCCGGCUACAAGGGCGCUGGCCACCCAGUCUUCAUUUAUGACGCGGGCGAGGCCGAUGCCGAGCCGAACGCGCUCUUCCGUCUGAAGAACGAGACGUCCUUCUUCAAACAGAUCGUCGAUGCCUUCGGCGGCAUCGGCAUCGUCUGGGAGCACCGCUACUACGGCGCUUCCGUCCCGGUCAACAUCAGCCUCGACACCGACCCUGAGGAUUUCAUCUACCUGACCUCGGAGCAGGCGCUGGCCGACGUGCCCGCCUUCGCUGCCAACUUCUCGCGCGCCAACUUCCCGGAUGUCGACUUCAGCCCCUCGACCACGCCGUGGAUCUUCAUCGGCGGCUCCUACCCGGGCAUGCGUGCCGCCUUCAUGCGCCAGCACUACCCGGACACCAUCUUCGCCUCAUACGCGUCGUCGGCGCCGGUACAGGCGCAGAACGACAUGUCCGUCUACUUCGAGCCCGUCUACCGCGGCCUGAACGCCUACGGCUUCGGCAAUUGCUCCAAGGACAUCCACGCCGCCAUCAACUACAUGGACGACCUGAUGGAAGACGACGCCGCCGCCGCGGCGCUCAAGACGCGUUUCCUCGGCCGCAACGCCGACAAGAACUCCAACGCCGGCUUCGGCGACGCGCUGUCGACCAUCUUCUGGUACUGGCAGUCGUACGGCGUCGAGUACGGCCUGCGCCCCUUCUGCGACUGGCUCGAGACGGACCACGGCGCCAGCGGCAACGCCAGCACGAACGGCACCGUCGCGGGCGCCGAUGGCUGGGCACCCUCGCGCGGGCCCGAGUUCGUCGUCAAGCAGUGGGCCGCUUACCCGAACUUCGCCGCCACCGUGAGCUCGUUCCUGGAUACGGAGUGCGAGAGCCCCGUCUCGUCAGCCCGCAACACCACCGCCCCCGAAUGCAACCUGGAGAAGCGCUUCGAGGACCCGUCCUCGGUCAGCUGGACGUGGCAGUACUGCACCCAGUGGGGCUUCCUGCAGUCGGCCAACCUGGGCCCCGGCCAGAUCGUCUCGCGCUGGAACAGCCUGCAGCACCAGGCCGACAUCUGCCGCCGCCAGUUCCCCACGGCCAACACCACCCUGCUCCCCGAGUGGCCGCGCGACAACGAGACCAACGAGUCCCUGGGCGGCUGGGGCAUCCGCCCCUCCAACGUCUACUGGUCCGGCGGCGAGUUCGACCCCUGGCGCACCCUGAGCCCGCUGUCGUCCGAGUCCUGGGCCCCACACCCCAAGAUGAUCCAGGACGCCCCGCGUUGCGGCGAGAGCACCAGCGAGGACGAGAUCUUCGGCUACGUCAUUCCUGGCGCGCAGCAUUGCUAUGACUUCCGGACCACGUUUGCGCCCGGUGCCAUUAGCAGAAAGUACUUCACCGAUGCGUUGACGGAGUGGUUGAAGUGCUUUUAG